UGUUCGCAGCUUGUCGAUCGGCCAUUUCGACCCGGCCGGCAUUCCGUGUAACUCCUGCUGCGGCUGAGCGGGAUUUGUCUCCUUCACACGACAUCACGUUAACACCACCCAACAAUGAGUGAGACCGCCAUUUCUUUCGCCAAGGACUUCUUGGCCGGGGGUAUUGCCGCUGCCAUUUCCAAAACAGCUGUUGCUCCCAUCGAAAGAGUGAAGCUUCUUCUUCAGGUGCAACAUGCCAGCAAGCAGAUCACGGCUGACAAACAGUACAAGGGUAUCAUGGACUGUGUUGUCCGUAUUCCCAAGGAGCAGGGUUUCCUGUCAUUCUGGAGAGGAAACUUGGCCAAUGUCAUCAGAUACUUUCCCACUCAGGCCCUCAACUUUGCCUUCAAAGACAAGUACAAGAAGAUCUUCCUUGAUGGUGUAGACAAGCGCACCCAGUUCUGGAGGUACUUUGCUGGUAACUUGGCAUCUGGAGGUGCUGCUGGUGCCACCUCCCUCUGCUUUGUCUACCCUCUUGACUUUGCCAGAACCCGUCUGGCAGCUGAUGUUGGCAAAGCUGGAAGUGAGAGAGAGUUCACUGGUCUGGGUAACUGCUUGGUGAAAAUUUUCAGGUCGGAUGGCCUCAAGGGUCUGUACCAGGGCUUCAAUGUGUCUGUCCAGGGUAUCAUCAUCUACAGAGCUGCUUACUUUGGCAUCUAUGACACAGCUAAAGGUAUGCUGCCAGAUCCCAAGAAUACUCACAUUAUCAUCAGCUGGAUGAUUGCUCAGACUGUAACAGCUGUCGCUGGUCUUACAUCGUACCCCUUCGACACAGUGCGUCGUCGUAUGAUGAUGCAGUCUGGACGCAAAGGAGCUGACAUCAUGUACAGUGGCACAAUUGACUGCUGGAGGAAGAUUGCUCGUGAUGAGGGUGGCAAAGCCUUCUUCAAGGGAGCCUGGUCCAACGUCCUCAGAGGCAUGGGUGGCGCCUUUGUGCUCGUCUUGUAUGAUGAGUUGAAGAAAUUCAUCUAAGUGUUUGUUGGCCGUUAAUGUUGUGGUGUUUAACUGUAACAUAACUUGUACAUUUGGAAGGACUCAAAUUCCGCCUUAUUUAUAGGGACCAGCUAGUAUGUCAGUACUAGUUGUACUGGGGAAUCGUUUUGUGCUUUUAUUUUGCCCUUUUUUCUGUUUUGUUUUUGUUCCCCUUCACCAUGUCAUUCCCAGAGAGAAGGAAGCCAUGCCAGGUACUGAAACUUACCUGUCAUCCAGCCGGUCUGUUUUUAGGCAUUACACUUAAAUAAAGACUCACUGAACUAAAUCCUAAA